AUGAUCUGGUUACUGACUUUCGCCAUUUACAUCGGGUCCGCGAUCUAUUCACCCGGCAUUCCGGACGCAGCACAACAUUUUGGUAUAAGUAACGUCUCUGCUACACUCGGCCUAACACUGUUCGUCCUGGGAUAUGGCGUUGGGCCCAUGAUCCUGUCACCACUCUCCGAGCUUCCCGCAAUCGGACGCAGUCCAACCUAUGUCCUGAGCUUGGUCGUUUUCGUAUUCUUCAACUUCGGUGUCAUCUACGCCAGCAACCUGGGAAUGUUUCUCGCAUUCCGAUUCUUGACUGGCUUCUUCGGUUCCCCAGCUCUGGCCACCGGUGGCGCGUCAAUGGGCGACAUCUGGAGCCCGCGGGCACGUGACUAUAUGAUUGCUGUGUGGGGGUGCUUCGCGAUCUCAGCGCCGGUCUUGGGACCUUUGGUGGGAGGGUUUGCCGCUGCCGCUAAGGGAUGGACCUGGACCAUCUGGCAGUUAAUGUGGAUCUCGGGUUUCACGCUUAUUCUGCUGUUAUUCUUCUUGCCCGAGACCUAUGCGCCGAAUAUUCUAAGUCGGCGCGCAGGACGGGUGAGGGAAAUCACAGGUGAUCCAAACUGCGUAUCGGAAUCCGAGCUUGAGCUUCAGAGUAUGACCAAAAAGGAUCUAAUAUUCGAAGCCCUCGUCCGCCCCUUUCAACUCUGCUUCCUCGAGCCGAUCGUCUUCCUCCUCAACCUCUACAUCUCCCUAAUAUAUGGUAUCCUCUAUAUUUGGUUCGAGGCCUUUCCUAUCAUCUUCGAAGAAAUCCACGGCUUCAACUCCGGCCAAAAUGGUCUGGCCUUCCUUGGCAUUCUUGUCGGAACCAUCGUCCUCGCGAUUCCGGGCUACUUCUUCUGGAAGUACCGCUACCAGUCUCGGAAAUUUGAUACGGAAGGCAACAUCGCGCCAGAAAGCCAGCUACCUCCCGCCUGCGUGGGCUCUAUCUGUCUCGCUGUCUCACUGUUCUGGUUCGGCUGGACCGGCAACUUCAAAUCCGUGCACUGGAUCGUCCCCAUCAUCGCGUCGGCGAUGUUCUCGGUGGGCGGGUGUCUGAUCUUCAAUAGCAUCUUCACCUACGAGGCGCACGCCUAUCCGAAGUAUGCGGCGUCCGUGCUCGCGGGCAAUGACUUCAUGCGCUCGAGCUUUGGGGCCGCAUUCCCGGUGUUCGCGACCGCGAUGUUUCAUAAUCUUGGGGUGGGGUGGGCGUGUACAUUACUGGGCUGCUUGUCAGUGCUGUUUGUGCCGUAUCCCUUUGUUUUGUUGGGCUUUGGGAGAAGGCUGCGGCUGGCGAGUAAAUUUGCAAGGCAUGAUAUUUAA